AAUACCUUGUCUCUAGUACUCGGCAGAAGGAGGUCAGUCAUCCAUUUAUACGACGGGAUUUGCCGCAUGCCAUAAAACGUUCAUCAUGGCUCAGGCAGCUCAAAGGCUUGUAAAGGCUGUAAAAACAAAGACCCCUCAGCUUGUUGGCGCUGCUGUCGGCUACUCCCGUCCACGCCUUGCUACAUUCUGGUACUAUGCCAGAGUUGAGCUCGCCCCUCCAAGUCCUGCAGAGAUCCCAAAAGCCAUUGAGAGCAUAAUUGGUCUGGCCAAGUCUUUCCAAAGUGGCCGCCUGUCUGAGCUCACUGUUAGGGAGGCCCUGCGAAAUGGUCUGGUAGUUACAGAGGUCCUUAUGUGGUUUUAUAUUGGGGAGUGCAUCGGAAAGGGUGGCCUUGUAGGAUACAAUGUUUGAGACUUUUUUUUUCCACUUCACUAUUGUGAUAAUGACAUCAUGGACUUAAUAAACCGUAAAGAAACUCUUCUUCCUCAACAUCACUCCACUUAUCUCGUUUAUUUUGUCAGUCAUUAAGGAUCUUGUUUCUUGUUCUAGUUGGCUGCAUGACAUCAUUGAGAACGUCUUACCCUUUUCUACUAUACAAGUUCAAUAUCUGGCAGUCAUUGGUAACUUUUUUUGGUAACUAAACCACUGGUAUUCCUGUGUCACAGACCACUGCAAAAAAGCAAUACUUUUGUAAAGGCAAAGGAUUCCCAAUUUUUCGUGAAAACUUUGCUGGUAGAGAGCACGGUUUUCUUUCUUUUUGGAGGUUGGAUAAACAAUUAUUGCUGUUUUUAGUCAUUCGAAUGAACACAGAUAAACAGA